AUCUUGUGGCCAUUUUAGAAAUAUUGCUUUAUCUUGCCAACAGAGUAAGAUCUAAAAAUGUCCAGGCGUAGUGGACGAAUUGAUAGUGGUACGCCUCCAGCCAAGAAAGGACGCUUUGUAUCCAGUGAUGAGGAAUCCAGUGAAAAUGAAAUGGAUCAAUCACAAAAUCCAGAUUUUAUAACUCCAAAUUCGACUGAAGCAGAAGUUGGUAUCAUUGAAAGGGUAACUUUAAAGAAUUUUAUGUGUCACAGUCGACUGGAGUUCAACUUUGGGCCUAAUGUUAAUUUUAUUGUGGGACGAAAUGGAAGUGGUAAGAGUGCUGUGUUAACAGCUAUGGUUGUUGGUCUGGGUGGUAAAGCAACUGUUACCAACAGAGGUUCAUCAGUCAAGGCUUUCAUUAAAGAUGGUCAGAGCACUGCUGAAGUUGCAAUAAAGCUACGUAAUCGAGGUACUGAUGCCUUCAAGUCUGAAUUGUAUGGGAACUCUAUUGUUGUAGAACGUAAACUAUCUGCAGAUGGUGGCACACAGUAUAAACUGAAAUCAACUAGUGGUAAAAUAGUUUCAACCAAGAGAGAGGAAUUAUCACAUAUACUAGAUCAAUUUAACAUUCAGGUUGAUAAUCCAGUGUCUAUUCUCAAUCAAGAUACCAGCAGAAAUUUUCUACAUUCCAAGAAUCCACAUGACAAAUACAAGGUGAGUUUGUUAUUGCUCCUUGUCUGCCUUGCUUACAAGAUUUGAUACCUAACCAUUACAUGAUUUGACACCCAAACAUUACAUGAUUUGACACCCAUCCAUUAUAUGAUUUGACACCUAACCAUUACGAGAUUUGACACCUAACCAUCACAAGAUUUGACAUCCAACAAUUACAAGAUUCGACACCUAACCAUUACAUGAUUUGACACCCAACCAUUAUAUGAUUUGACAUCUAACCAUUACAUGAUU